AUGCCUGCUCGUGCCACUGCCAGCACGCCCCUGCUCAUGACAGCUCGCGGGCCUGUGGAGUUGCAUGACCUGCGUGGCAUGGCAGCAUACGCGGAUGCUGCUGUUCCAAACAACGCCCCUGUUACUGCUGCGACCACACCCCUGCUUAUGCCUGCUCGUGCCACUGCCAGCACGCCCCUGCUCAUGACAGCUCGCGGGCCUGUGCAGGAGCAUGACCUGCACGGCAUGGCAGCAUACGCGGUGCAUUCGCAUCUGCUGUACCAGCUGGUGGGGAGGGACCCUGAAGGGAGAACAGCACGGAGUGAGUUCAAGGGGCUGCAUAUAGGCACGUUCCAACAGCACUUGCAGAACCAGUAUGGCAUAUCGCUGCAUUACCCCGACCAACGUCUGUACAACAUAUUGCUGCAGCACCCUGACCAGCCUCUGUUUGCUGUGUGCCAGUUGAAGCCAGAGCUGCACAACGCACUGCUGCUGCGGCAGGCACCAAAAUCCCGUUUGUCUGUGCUUGUGUGUGCCGGCAGGUCCCCCUUGCACCACCCUCCCUCCCUCCUCUCCCUUCCAUCACCGCCUUGCAUCGCCCCCAUGACAUCACCCGUCCCUCAUGGACCCUUGGGAUCUUCUCAACAGGGCGCUCCAAGUCGGUCCAUUCAGCUUUACAACUCAUCCUGCGAAGAAAUUCACCCCGCCCAUCGCCCCCAUUACAUCACCCCUCUUGAAGUGGACCCUUGGGAUCUUUACAACAGGGCUGUCCAAGUGAGGCGAGACGAGCAGACGCCUGUACCUGCCAGUGCUACAGUGGGGAUGGCUGUAGCAGACACGGCUGUAGCUGACAAGGCUGUAGCUGAUACAGUUGCAGCUGACACGGCUGAAGCAGAGACGGGUGCAGCAGAGAAGGGUGUAGAAGAGAGGGCUGUAGCAGAGAAGGUUGAAUCAGAGAAGGCUGCAGCAGUGAAGGCUUUACCAGAGCAGGCUGUAGCAGUCAAUGUUGCAGCUGACAGGGCUGUGGCAGACAAUGCUGUAGCAGACACGGCAACAGCAGGGAGGGAGCAGCAGAAGCAGGCAGAGCAGCAGCAAAGCACAGGGCAGGAAAAUGCAGCUAAGGGGGAGCAGCAGCAGGGCAGGGAGAAGGACAGGGGGGGACAAACAUCAUAUCUCCCUCGGGAGAUAUCGUACCUCCCAUUGGAGCUACUGGUACCGGUGUUUCCGAUGCAGCACGUGCUCUUUGCCUCGCUGCUCCCCUCGCUGUUCUACCACCUUGACUGCCUGCUCACUGACCGGGAUAUCUGGCGAUUCAUUCUACUGCGUGCCCUGGGAUGCCCCGGCGUCGGCACCUACGAGAAUGCAUCAAUGCCUCUCAACUCAACCACCCCUUUCCACCCACCAACAUCCCUCCCUCUUCCAUUCCCCCUCUCAGCUCCUGCGCGCCCUGGAAUGCCCUGGCCAUACGCUGAGAGCAUUGCCGCGAUGCAAUCACAUGCGCCACACAGCGAGUCGUCCCUGCCACCAGUCUCCAAGAGACGGCCAGCUGGGCCGUCAUACGUUCACUUGAGACGGCACUGCGUGAAGCUGGUGUCAAACAAGCACCUGGCAGCGCGGGCAGUUAAAGCCGGAGUGCCCGCCCUCGUUCGCUGCAAGCCCUUCACACCCACGGAUUGGAUCGGCCCCCUAGUCCCUCCCACGCACGCUGUGCUGCUUCUGGCUGACUCCCUCUCUCACUCGCUCCUCCAACCACACUCCCCCUCACACUCUCGAGCUACCGCAUCUUCCCAGAACCCUUCUCCUAGCCCCAAAGCCCUUCUGGACUCCGCCUUUGCCUCGUUGGCAGUGGCACAGCCAGCAGCCAAGUCAGCGAGCCGUUCAACCAAAAAAAGGCUGGCUGACGUGGCAGAGGCCUUGGUGGGCGCCAGCUGGCGGUGCGGCGGCGCUGACAUGGCGCUGCCGGUGCUGAGGUGGCUGGGCCUGCCUACGAAGGGCGUGGGGGAACUGUUGAGGGGAGAGACGGGGUGGAGGGGGAGAGAGGCGGAGGGGGUGGCAAAGAGAGGGGUGGUGGGCGUUGCAGCAAACCCAGAUAUGGCGCUGGACGUGCCAUCAGAGGGUGUGGGAGAGCUGCUGAGGGGAGAGAUGGGGUGGAGGGGGAGAGAGGUGCUGAGGGGAGAGAUGGGGUGGAGGGGGAGAGAGGUGCUGAGGGGAGAGAUGGGAGCACGAGAGAUGGGAGCACGAGAGAUGGGAGCACGAGAUGAGAGAAUUGGAGCAAAGGGUGAGUGCCACGUGGCAGCAGCUGGCUGGCUGCUGGAGCUUCAGAAUGCGAUGGGGUAUCGAUUCAGAAAUGAGGGGAUACUGAAAGUGGCGAUUCGGGAGGAGGGGUUGAAGUGGCAGAGACGGUUUGUGUUCCUGGGGGAAGCUGUGCUGGACUUUCUUCUCAUGCACCACAUGGUGCAAGCAACAUCUGUGACGGCCCAUUCUCCUGCCGCCACGUCACCACAUGCCACGUCAUUGCACGCUGCCAUGCCUUCGCACGUUGCCACGUCAGCGCACGCCACCCGGCCGUCCCCGCACCAGCUAACGAACCUGCGCAUGGUUGUGAACAACAUGAAGCGGUUUUGCCAGCUGGCGGCGUGCCGUGGGCUGCUGCGAUUGGUGCGCAAGAUACAGCGGGCGGCGAAGGCUGCUGCUGCCGAUGCAGCUGAGUUGGCACAUGUGGCUGCUUGGGAAUCGGGAAGGGAGGAGGAGGGGAAGGAGAAGGAGAAGGAUGGGGAGGAGGAGGGGAAGGAGAAGGAGAAGGAUGGGGAGGAGGACGGGAAGGAGGAAGUGAAUUUCAGUAGAGAAGGCAGGGUUGGAUCACAGAGGAUGUUACAGCAGGCUGUAAUCAAGAGAGGGGAGGCCGUGGGGAGAGGGGAGGACGUGGGGAGAGGGGAGGACGUGGGGAGAGGGGAGGACGUGGGGAGAGGGCAAAUGGGCAAUGGUGAUGACAUUGAUGAUGAACAGAAGCCGUUCCGCAAGGUAACGCCGUGUAACCAUAUGAGCAAGCAGGUAAUUAUGUAA